UUACCAACAUAGCUAAAUCCAUUUUAUCAAAUACAACAAAAUCUAAACAAAAGGGAAAACGUAAAGGAACAUCUUUAACAGGAAUUCGCAAAAUUCCAAAACUUGCUUCUUUGGCUUUAUCUCCUCUGACUUCAGAUGUUAACACCCAAGAUGAAACUCAACCAACUUCGUCUGAAAAAAAGGAUGAAUAA